UUUUUUUUUUUAAAUUUGAAAGUUUUUUAUUCUUAAAAUUUAUCUAUCGUUCACCAACCGACAUCAUAAUGAAUACAAUAUAUUCAUUCAAUAAUUCAUCCAGGUAGGUCAGAACGUAAACCACUCGCUUUGCAUUUGGGAUGACUGAGUUCGAUCCCAGAUCGCGACAGAUCAAGAACUCUUGAAAGUGAGGGUAUCGGGUCUUUGAAAGACAUCUCAGAAUCCGAGGUCACGUGUCUUGGUAAGUGCUUGCAUGGCAAAUAUCCCCUACAACUUUAAGAUUCCAAGUGGCUACCAAAAUUUAUGGUGCAUUUUCUACAGCUUGUAUAUUUAAACGGUUGUCAAAGUGACGUUAAACUAAAAUAGAAAUCCAGUCCUUUUACAGAAAAUUCGCAUAAUCACAAACAUUAUGGAUUGUGUGUAAGGAAUCAAGGAUCUGAUGGAAAAUUCAGCGGGAAGAAACUUUCACUUUUUCUUUCAAAUCCAGGAAUAGUUGAUGUAAAGCGAUUUAAGCAUUAGAAUUCACACCGUAACGUAAUAGGAGUAUCUAACAAAUGAACUAAAAAUAACGUAUUGCAGAUUUUUAUGAGAACAUUUUCUGAAAACAGGUCUAUAAAUAGACCAGUUUAAAACGCAAUAAGUAAAAUCAUACUGUUCUGUAUUAUUUGGAGCUUUAACCAGACAAUUAAUUCUACAUUGAGACAAUGGUAGUGCACCCAUUAUACAUUCAAGUGUUACUGCUAUCAAUGGUGGUGUUUACUGUAGGAAACCUGAUUACACAACCGAAAUGUCCACCUGGAAAACACGUGUUCACCAACUGCACCAACCCCUGCCGUUAUAAUGAAUCAAUCACUAUUUGUGCGACCAAGCCAGAUAGUCUGUGUGUUCCAGACUACUGCGGCGCAUGCGUCACUCGAUUCUAUGACAAUACUGGGAAGGAAGUUCACUGCGAAUUAGAAUCUGGUAUCAUAUGUGAGCAGAAAACACAUACUAUCAGUUGCUCCAGUGGGCGAGUGAUUUAUGUGAAAGAAGCGAAUUUCGGAAGGACAUCCAACGAGACAUGUCGACAUCCCUACGAUAUCGAACGCCUUCAUAACAGCACAACCUGUAGAGCCCCAUCAUCUCUUCAGGUCAUGCAAAAGCUGUGUAAUGGCCGCGCAAGUUGUGAGGUGACGGUGGAAAACGAAAUGUUUGGGGCGGAUCCAUGCUAUGGAAUUUACAAAUACUUGGAAUUUGAUUUCAAAUGUGUCCUCAAAAAUGAAAUCAAUUCCAGUAAACGGAACAUACCCGCAAUACCUAUUGGUUUUCUGCUGUUGGCUUACAGUUUGUUGUACAGAAACUUUUAGUGAUCAAAAGUGGAUAGAAUAAUGUAUGUGAAAGAAUGAAUAAGAAAUUUUCUAUUCAUUUUUUAUGCAAAUAUUUGUCAUACUCAAGUAUAUCAUUGUAAAACAAAACAUCGGUCGAACCUUGGACUUCUUAGAUUUCGUAUACACUGUCACGUGUACUAAAUGUUUUUAAAAUUGAUCGGAAAUUACAAUCCUUAUACAACCUUAAUUCAUUGGUUAAAAGAGUUCGAAAUGUUUGUCUAAAAGGAGUGUACAGAAUUCCACAUCUACAAAGUAAUAUUUAUAAUGAUAUAGUGACAUUGUCAGCCAAAAUCUAUAAAACAUAUACAGAGAUAGAAAUGUUGAUGCCGCCGCUUCUGGUUAAUCAUACUCUACUGACUCAGUCAAAAAGACCAGUAACAGGUGCUCUACUGACUCAGUCAAAAAGAUCAGUAACAGGUGCUCUACUGACUCAGUCAAAAGGAUCAGUAACAGGUACUCUACUGACUCAGUCAAAAAGACCAGUAACAGGUACUCUACUGACUCAGCCAAAAAGAUCAGUAACAGGUACUCUACUGACUCAGUCAAAAGGACCAGUAACAGGAACUCUACUGACUCAGUCAAAAGGACCACUAACAGGUACUCUACUGACUCAGUCAAAAAGAUCAGUAACAGGUGCUCUACUGACUCAGUCAAAAGGAUCAGUAACAGGUACUCUACUAACUCAGUCAAAAAGAUCAGUAACAGGUACUCUACUGACUCAGUCAAAAGGACCAGUAACAGGUACUCUACUAACUCAGUCAAAAAGAUCAGUAACAGGUACUCUACUGACUCAGCCAAAAGAACCAGUAACAGGUACUCUACUGACUCAGUCAAAAGGACCAGUAACAGGUACUCUACUGACUCAGUCAAAAGAACCAGUAACAGGUACUCUACUGACUCAGUCAAAAAGAUCAAUAGCAUUGAUAAUGAUACAGUAAUUUAUCUAAUGUACACGUAUUUCUGAUUUUCGUUGCAAUUUGAUUGAUUUUAAUAUAAGAUAUUAUUACAUGUACAAACAAAUAUACUGGAUGUAACUGACUGUAAUGUCGUAACAUCUAGAUACAUAAUUCAUGUGAAUACCUACCACUUCAUUACAAUCAUAACUGUUUAUUGUUAGAUAAAUGUAUUUACUCAUCCUACUAACGAUCAACAUCAAUGUAUAUAUACUUACUUUUAAAUAAAUACGAGUGAAGUG